AUGUGCCCCAUUGUCCCUCCAGACUGUCCACAGCAACAUGUCUGUAAAGAGGGGAAGGGUCUGGCUAAUCGGCAGCUCUGUAAGCAGGAGAAGAACUUUAGUUUGGACCAGGAGGACCCAGAGCCUCCACAGAUUAAGGAGGAACAGGAAGAAGUCUACACCAGUCAGCAGGGAAAGCAGAUUGUGCUGAAGCAAGCGACUGAUACCUUUCUAUUGACUUCAACUGAUAAGGACAAUGACCACACUGAACUAGAAUCAAACAGUGACCAGCUCCUCUCUUACAAUUUACCAGUAGGUGAAAGACCACAUCAGGAAGGAAGUCAGCAUGUAGACUCAGGGUCAAGUAGAAAUGCAGUGCAGAAGCCAAAGAAGAGUCAUAACAGAAAGACCAGUCAUAGUAACAAUGUAGACAAGUCUGUAUUGUCAGAGAUUCUCCAUGACACCGAUGCAGGUAGAAAGUCUGUAAACACCUUUAAGAAGAAGUACCAAAUCAAGAAACAUUACAAAAUCCACAAAGGUGUAAAACAACAUACUUGCAAUGCUUGUAGAAAAGCUUUUAGUUUAUGGUCUGAGCUGAAAGUCCAUAUGAUAAUUCACAAAGGUGAGAAGCCAUUUUCUUGUGAAAGAUGUGGGAAACGUUGCAUUCACAGAAGUGCUCUGACUGUCCACAUGAGAACUCACAUAGGUGAGAAGCCAUUUUCUUGUGAAAGAUGUGGAAAAAGUUUCAGUCAUAGAACUAAUCUGACUGUCCACAUUAGAACUCACACAGGUGAGAGGCCAUUUUCUUGUGAAAGAUGUGGAAAAAGUUUCAGUCAAAGUAGUACACUGACUCUCCACAUGAGAACUCACACAGGUGAGAGGCCAUUUUCUUGUGAAAGAUGUGGAAAAAGUUUCAUUGACAGAAGUACUUUGACUGUCCACAUGAGAACUCACACAGGUGAGAGGCCGUUUUCUUGUGAAAGAUGUGGAAAACGUUUCAGUCGAAGUAGUACUCUGACUGUCCACAUGAGAACUCACACAGGUGAGAGGCCAUUUUCUUGUGAAAGAUGUGAAAAAAGUUUCAUUGACAGAAGUACUCUGACUGUCCACAUGAGAACUCACACAGGUGAGAGGCCAUUUUCUUGUGAAAGAUGUGAAAAAAGUUUCAUUGACAGAAGUACUCUGACUCUCCACAUGAGAACUCACACAGGUGAGAGGCCAUUUUCUUGUGAAAGAUGUGGAAAAAGUUUCAGUGACAGAAGUACUCUGACUGUCCACAUGAGAACUCACACAGGUGAGAAGCCUUUUUCUUGUGAAAGAUGUGGAAAAAGUUUCAGUCAGAGAGGUAAUCUGACUGUCCACAUGAGAACUCACACAGGUGAGAAGCUGUAGUCCUGGGACAUAGGUGGGAACAAAGCUUAAAAAAGACGCAUUCAUUCACAUCGUUUAAGUUAAAAGUAGGUCUUGUAGAUUUAUGUUUUAUCUGAACUGUUUGUUCUGUUUAUAGUUCUCAUGCAAAUUAUUCUCAUGCAAUGUACCAAUGUACUACCUGAUCAAGUCAUAUGUGAGAGCUGAGGCUGAACUUUGCUGCCCCCAAGUGACCAAAGGAAGUAGUUGCGCUCUGCAAAGUAAACUUUAAAAUACAAAUGUCCUUCCGUUGUUGCCCUCUGUAGUUGGGGACAAUACCUGAAGUCCUUGUUCUGGGUUCCUUUUUCAAGCUGCAGAUGGAGAAAAGUAACACACAGAUGGAAUUUUGUAGUCAAAUCACUUUCAAAGUCUUUUCAAAAUUCACCAGAGUUAACUUGAUGAAGCCUCAUUUUAUACUUGAGAGCACAGGGCUACUAAUUUUUUUAGUAAACAGGAUUAAUAGCUGACCUCUUGGUGAGGAAAUACUGUUUGUGCAUAUCCUUUUUGUGGAUUGUUGCCUGUCAAAACAAUGGAAGUAGCAAAUAAACAGAACAAUGUUUGGAAUACUUUUGUCAGGACACUAGCCAGGCUGGAUGUGGAGUUUAUGUUUGCAACCCCAUCCACAUUAUUUCGCUCCCUACUUUCUUUAGGCCAUAUUGAGUUUACCUGGUGAAUCUCAGCCUGACUAACCAGUUUUCUGUUUUAUAUUUUUUUGUUUAGAUUCAGGUUUUCAUUUCAAAACUGAUUUUACACUGUCAGUAAUAAUUAA